CUUGCAUUCCGAAACUGUAUCUCAAAUCUGACUACCCCUCAGUGACUCAGGUAACUGGAAAUGUCAAAUUUGAUGUUUGCUUAAAAUAUUCAUGAAACUAGCAGCUCUGACGAAUCUGUUGCUAUAUUUUUUUUUCUAAUAACAGUAACCCAUGGUUACAAUAUUGUGACUAUAAAUAAACUGGUUGGAAUAUUCAAUUCUUUAAAAUUAAUUUUAUGAUUAUUGGUGAACAAAUAAGCUUCCCGGCGCCGAAUUUGCUCAUUCCAGAGGUCAAUCAGCUUGGGUGCGGAGAGAAAAUGGUAUCAGCUAACGAGAAUCAACUGCGCUACGAUCGCCGAGUGGUGGUCGUUACCGGUGCCGGUGCUGGUCUAGAUCGCGAAUAUGCCUUGCUGUUCGGUUCCCGCGGUGCAAAGGUUGUGGUGAAUGAUUUGGGUGGCAAUUUUCACGGUCAGGGCAAAUCGAAUGCAGCCGAUAAUGUGGUACAGGAAAUCCGAGCGGCUGGCGGAACCGCGGUUCCAGAUUACAACUCCGUAGUGGAUGGGGAUAAAAUUAUUCAGACUGCAAUGGAAGCAUUUGGCCGUGUUGAUGUUUUGAUUAACAAUGCUGGAAUUUUGCGAGACAAGAGUCUUGCUCGCAUUUCCGAUGAGGACUGGAAUCUUAUUCAUGAUGUGCACUUGAAAGGUAGUUUCCUAACGACGCGAGCUGCCUGGGCGAUCAUGAAAAAACAGAACUAUGGUCGAAUAAUUAUGACAUCCAGCAACUCCGGUGUCUAUGGAAAUUUCGGCCAAGCCAAUUAUAGUGCCGCCAAACUAGGAUUGGUCGGGUUAGCCAACACAGUCGCAAUCGAGGGAGCUAAAAAUAACAUUCAAUGCAAUGUAAUCGUUCCAACGGCUGCGUCAAGGAUGACCGAGGGAAUACUUCCAGAGGUUUUGUUCAAUGAGCUUAAACCUAAAUUGAUUGCUCCGGUCGUUGCUUAUCUGUGUCAUCAAUCCUGUCAGAAUACGGGGGCAAUAAUUGAAAGUGCAGCUGGUUGGGCCACAUAGGUCCAUUUUGUUAGGGGAAAAGGAUCAAUUCUCCGUACAUCAAUCGAUGAUGAUGUUACACCAGAGUAUGUUAAGAGUGUUUGGAAUAAAGUCACUGACAUGUCGGAUGCGAAACAUCUUAAUGCCAUCAGUGAAGCCAGCAUAUCUUUAGUAGACGUACUGGAAAAGUUACGCGAGGGAAAGCAUGCCGAAAAUUCCGUUACAGAAACAUUUAAGUUUAACUUUAAAGUUGUUAUAGCGCAUUGCGCACAUAAUAAGUGCGACUAAAAGUGCGGAAACGUAAAUAAAACUGCGCUUUUACAUUGAA